AUGAAACCAUCGGCUUUGGGAAUCCAUGUUUUGGGGGCAGGGUCUAUCGGAGGCCUUGUAGCACAUGAGCUACAGAUUGCUAAUCCUGAGUCUAACAUAAUGAUUCUUUGUCGGACCCUUGAGGCCGCUAAAAGAUAUAAUUCACAGUUGACAGUUAACCGGGUCCAUAAAGAUGGUAAUAUGAUAUCAUCCACAACUCGUAUACGAAGUGGUACUGCAGCUACGGUGCUUGAUUAUAAUCCUCCUCUUAAGAUAGAGAACUUGAUUGUAUCGACAAAAGCAUACCAAACUCCUGCUGCAUUGGCUCCAUACACACAUUUGUUGAGCAACACCUCCAAUGUGCUUUUCAUACAUAAUGGCAUGGGGGUAAUAGACAAGUGUAUAGACCGGUUCUGGUCGCGACGGAGAGAAUCUCCUCGGAUAUUCAAGGCGGUGGUCACUCAUGGGGCUUAUAAGACGUCCCCUAAUAUCAUAAACCAUGUUGGUUUGGGGAAAAUGACAAUUUCAAGGAUUCCCAACGGCGUUCCUUUUGAAAAUGAAGAUAUCCCACAGAUGAUCCAAAACAUACUUCAAAACAAACCGUUGAAUGCCACGUAUACGGACUACGAUACAUUUGUGUUGAAAGAGAUUGAGAAGUUGGCAGUGAAUGCUUGUGUGAACCCACUCACUGCCAUUUUGGACUGUAAGAAUGGAGACUUGCUUAAGGGCAAGAAGGUAUUUCAGAUGAUGAUGAGAGUUAUAUGGGAGUUGGUAGCAACUAUCCGGGUCGAGUAUAAACCGCUAUUCAUUGCCAUGCCCGAAGCCAGUACGGUUAUUGAUCCAAAGAGACUUCUUGAUGCUGUGAUCGAGGUGAUUGAGAAUACUGCCAGCAAUAGCUCGUCAAUGAGAGAAGAUGUACGGAAUCUACUGCCGACGGAGAUCGACUACAUUAAUGGUUAUAUCAGUAAAUUGGGGAAAAAGCAUUCAAUCAGCACACCUACAAACAACAUGUUGGUUUCGAUGAUCAAAACGAAAUAUUCUAUUGACAGGACGUUGGAAAACAAUGCGUCUGAGUUUGUGAUUAACCAACAAUAA